AUGAUUAGAAAUUGUACACACGCAGGUAGUUGGUAUUUAGACAAUGCAAGGAAAUUAGAGAAACAAUUAUCGGAUUGGUUAAGCGAAGCUUCUCGUCAAAAUCAAAAUGUCAAAUCAAUUAUAGCACCACAUGCAGGUUAUUCUUACAGUGGUAGAGCAGCAGCUUAUGCAUAUAUUAAUUUAAUUCCAGAGAAUUAUAAGAGAGUAUUUAUUUUAGGGCCAUCACAUCAUGUAUAUAUGAAAACUUGUGGUUUAACUAAAUUAGAUACAUGGGAAACACCAAUUGGUAAUUUAAAGGUUGAUAAAGAUACCACAAAUAAACUCUUUGAUACUGGUAGUUUCAUUUGGAAUACAAAAAGUGUAGAUGAAGAUGAACAUAGUUUAGAAUUGCAAUUACCAUAUAUUGCAAAAGUUGCUGAAAAGAGAUUAUUAGAAUUAAGUAUUGUACCAAUUAUGGUUGGAAGUUUAUCAAUUGAUUUGGAAGAGUUAUAUGGAAAGAUAUUAGCACCAUAUUUUGAUGAUCCAGAAAACUUUUUUGUAAUUUCAUCAGAUUUCUGUCAUUGGGGUGAAAGAUUUGGUUAUACUAGAUAUGAGAAUAAAGAGGUCCCAAUCUAUAAAUACAUUGAAGAAUUGGAUAGAAAAGGAAUGGAAAUCAUUGAAAGUGGUGACCCUGUUCAAUUCUCAAAAUAUUUAAAAGAAACAAAGAAUACAAUUUGUGGUAGAUGUCCAAUUGCUGUAAUGUUAUGGAUCACAAAAAAUAGUCAAUUUAAAUAUAAUAUCUCAUCACUCUAUUAUGAACAAUCAAGUAAAGUUAUUAAAUCUUCUGAUUCUUCUGUUAGUUAUGGUGUUUUAUCUUUUACAAAAGAAAAUUAA